AUGGUGCGCACAGCCUGCGAUGCAUGCCAUCGAAGAAAAGUCAGAUGCUCGGGUGGCCAGCCAUGCGCAAAUUGUUCUCAAGCGACCCUAACUUGCACCUACCAUGCUGUGCCCCAGAAGAAAGGUCCAAAGGGUUCCAGAGCCAAGGUCAUCUCAGAGCUGCGAGAGACGCAGCGACAGACCAACAGACACAAGAUCCGCAGUUAUUCGCCAGACAGCUCUUUUGACUUCAAUACAUCGCCAUUAUCUCCAAUGCGUCGUCGCAAUCCGGACGUCUUGUCUCAACAGAUGAUCGAUGGCUGCAUUGAGUUCUUCUUCCGCCACAUGUAUCCGACGAUGCCAAUUCUACAUAAAGGGCGACUGCAGGAGAAGGUUGCCCGAGAGAUCGACCAAUCAAUAGAAGCGUAUUGCUUGAUCACCUCGAUAUGUGCAUUUAUGAUGAUACAGCCUCGAAUGUCGUUGCCUGGAAGGCCUGUCGGAGUGCGGACUAACAGCGACGACUUGGUCUCCGGUAAAUUCACCACUGCUAGCUCGCUACUCGAGGAGGUGUUGCGCCUCCGCAAGGCAAUCGACUAUAUUGAGAACCCUACGCUCGAAUCUGUACAAACGUCGCUCUUUUUGUUUGCCUGCUACUUUGGUUUGGACAAGCACAACAAGGCGUGGUACCAUCUGCGAGAAGCGACAACCUUAGCACAGAUUGUUGGGAUGCAGGACGAACCCAGCUACCUGAGCACUGAUCCGGUGGAGAGCAUUAUGAAGCGAAGGCUAUAUUGGCUUCUGUUCAUUACCGAAAGAGCCUAUGCCUUGCAAAGACACCAUCCACUAACCCUGCACGCAACUAUCGAGCUGCCGAAUCCUGAUGAAGUCCCUGGCGAUCGACAGAUCAUUAAUGGCUUUCUACAUAUGAUCAAUCUUUUCCGUCCAUUCGAUGACACUUUUAUCGGUUUGUGGAACAAGGCAAGAAAUGAUUGUUCCACGGCUUGGCUCGCCCAGUUGCAACAACAGCUCUCUGAUGCCCUGCCACCAAAGCUGAACAGCACUGAGACACAAGCGGCCGACAUUGUCACCUCCCAGCAGUGGUUGCGUACGAUGGUCUGGCAGCUUUCCAUCACCAAUGGUUAUCUUUCUUCGACAUCGGCCGACUCGUCGAUGACGUUCAAGUAUCCGAUCGAGAUUGCAAAACAUUUGAUGGCUGAUGUUAGAGGGCUGCCGCAACAAGCUCUAGAGGUACAUGGCAUUGGCCUGAUCGAAAAGCUUUUCGAUGUCGCCUGCACCGUGACAGACGUUAUUGCGUGCGUGCCCUUGGACAGCAGCAUUUUCGAAAUUGGGCCGUUGGAGUACCUCAAUCAGUUUUUAAGCCUAAUCUCCAACCUUCGUGGAGGCGGUUCCCGAUUCCUCCCCCUGCUGCGUGCCAAAAUAUCAGAGAAUCUGCCCAGUAUGGCCACUCCAGUCCCAAAAGCUGUCAUGCCUAUCAAGGACGAGUACGUUGACGAAAUCGCUAGUCCGUUGUCAACCAAACCAGCCCCUUUAGUUCAUCCAUCACCACUGGUUAUACGAACGGCAACAGCAUCCCUCUCGGACCCCAGUCUUGUCUUCUCAGACAUAAGCCCUGGAGGCUCUAACGCUUCUACGCCCCUUGGGACGCCCACAGUUGCGGCAGCCAUUCCCCAUUCGAUGCCGCGGAUACAAUUUGAUGGGCGGUAUGGUUGA